CUACGUAAUUGGCUGGAAAAAAUAAACUGCUGGACAGACUGUUUGACUUGUUUGUAUUGUUUACAGAACAUUUACCUGCCACGGUAAACAGUGUUAAUUCUGUAACGCUCGCUGGCUCUUGCAUCUGCAGAACUGCCAGCUGAUCACUAGCUGAACACGUGGAAAGAGCCGCGCCCCCCGGCUGCACCGUUCACAUUGCGGACACCCCGAUUGGACGGCGACGAGCGUUCUUUCGCGUCUAAUUGGUCAAGCCUCACUCUGCGAGGGCGACACACCUCCCCUCAUUAACAUAACUCCGUGCUUGUGGAAAUCUCUUCUGAAAAAGGGGGCGGCGCUGUCAUUGGUCUAAACUAAAUAAUGAGAUGAAGCGAGGGUUGCUAAUGAGGGUGUGCUGAGCCCGUUCCAUGCCUGUUACAAUAUAAAUACAGCAUCCUGUGAUUGACCGAUUCAAGAUGAGGAACUUCUUCAGCAAGCCAGGUUCUUCGUUUGGUAGCUCAUGCCGUUGCUCAGAAAGAUGCUUCAGGCGCUCAGACAACCUGUCAAGCUCUCCAGCUCCCUGGUAAGGUGGUUAGAGCUCGGAGGAGAAGCCAAGGCGUUACUCAGAAGUAACGAGAAAGUGGUGAAAACGCUAGAGGACAUGCCCGGACCCAGUUUCCUCAGCUUUGUGUAUGAUUUAUUCGGCAGGAGAGGCUUGUCAAGACUACACGAGUUGCAGCUGGAGGGCAAGGCCAAGUAUGGCCCCAUGUGGAAGGCGAGCUUCGGACCAAUCCUGACCGUGCACGUGGCCGAGCCGGCCCUCAUUGAGCAGGUGCUGAGGCAGGAGGGGCAACACCCGAUCCGAUCAGACCUGUCCUCCUGGAAGGACUACCGAGAUUGCCGGGGGCACGGCUACGGGCUGCUGACAGCGGAGGGGGAGGAGUGGCAGUCGAUCCGCAGCCUGCUGGGGAAGCACAUGCUCAGACCCAAGGAGGUGGAGGCGUACGGAGACACCCUGAACUCCGUGGUGACGGACCUCCUCCGCAAACUGCUGCAGCAGCGCGGCAAGAGCAGCCCCAACGUGGUGAGCGACGUCGCCAACGAGUUCUACAAGUUCGGGCUGGAAGGCAUCUCCUCUGUGCUGUUCGAGUCCAGAAUUGGCUGCCUGGAUCCCAGCGUCCCCAGAGAGACAGAGGAGUUCAUCCAGUCCAUCAACACCAUGUUUGUGAUGACGCUGUUGACCAUGGCCAUGCCCAAGUGGCUUCACCGCAUCUUCAAGAAGCCCUGGCACAAGUUCUGCCAGUCCUGGGACUAUAUGUUUGCAUUUGCGAAGGGGCACAUUGACCGGCGCAUGGCCGAGGUGGCAGAGAAGGUGUCGCGGGGAGAGGCGGUCGAGGGGAGGUACCUCACCUUCUACCUGUCGCGCCAGAACCUCCCCAUGAAGGCGAUAUACAGCAACGUGACGGAGCUGCUGCUGGCAGGAGUGGACACGAUCUCCAGCACCAUGUCUUGGACUCUGUACGAGCUCUCCAGGCACCCCGAGAUCCAGGACGCCCUCUACGGGGAGAUUCAGAAAGUGCUGCGGGGCAACCCCGUUCCAUCAGUCAAUGAGGUGGGCAGGAUGCCUCUAAUGAAGGCCGUGGUCAAGGAGGUGCUCAGGCUGUACCCUGUGAUUCCCGGUAACGCCAGAGUGAUUGCAGACAGAGACAUCCUCGUAGGAGGGUACAUUAUUCCCAAAAAGACUCUGAUCACGCUGUGCCACUUCGCCACGUCGCGGGACCCCAAGGUGUUCUCGAACCCGGACAGCUUCCAGCCGCAGCGCUGGCUGAGCCGGGAUCAGAGCCACCACCCCUACGCCUCCAUCCCCUUCGGCUUCGGGAAGAGGAGCUGCAUCGGGCGCCGGAUCGCUGAGCUCGAGGUCUACCUGGCGCUGGCUCGGAUCCUGACUCGCUUUGAAGUGAAACCGGAGUUCGAGGGGAGCGUUGUGAAACCCAUGACCAGGACCCUGCUGGUGCCAGAGAAGGAAAUCAACCUCCAGUUCAUAGACCGGUGACAUCACGACAGGGAGGAGCCUAGCUGGUUACCGCGACAAUAAAGGUGCAGCCCGGUCAGUUGGGAGGAACCUCGCAUUUGGGCUCCGAUGACACUCUAGCAGCAGGAUGUGUAGGCCCAAAUUCUCAAACCGAACUUCACAGACUUCCACAGAACUCUAGCCACAGGCCUUGUAGGCCUAAUUGCUCGCUCUCUCUAUCUCUCUCUCUCUCUCUCUCUAAAAAACACAUUUUAUAAAACCACAAUUUUUUUUGAACAAAUUUGUUAUUUUUCAAAAGCAUAGGAGGAAAUGUAGGUUGCAGCUCAUCAAUGGGCUGAACGAACACAAAACUAUCUACUGUAAAACUCGUGUGAUUGAAUGUUAUGUGUAGGCUGUUGAGUAAAGCAGAUUAUUAAUUUAACAGAUUAUACACGUUUAAUGCUAAUAUAGCCACGAACAAGCACAAAUGUGGCAGGACACUUUUUAAUGCAUUAGUUCUGAGAUCAAUAAAGCAGGUUUUAAACCUGCC